GGUUAGUUGGCUCUGACUGAAGGUGAGCUCAUCGGUAUGGUUCGUCUGCCCGACCCCGAGUCACAUGACUUGGCGGUUUUAUGAGGUUAGAAGCUGGGAGAGAAUCCUUAUACAGUAUCACUACAAGUGUUAACUUAAUAGACUGUGAAGAAUAUACCAGGCACAGUAAAAAAAAAUCAAAAAUCAAAUAAAGUCAAAUGUGUUUGUACAGCUCUUACUCAGUUGCAAAGUCACAAAUCACCACUGAAUCACAAACUUUAUUUUUUACCCAGAGUCUAUGUGUCGGGUUGAACAUAUUUGAAUGCCGCAAAGAAAAGAGAACAUGUCAACGCAUUUUAAGCAGCCUUUACUGAAUGCGCCCACAUUCAGGGUGUGAACGUUUGAAACGUCUGUAAACCGUGGGGGCGGAGCCAGGUGUUAGGGGAGGAGCCAGGUGUUAGGGGAUGAGCGGAGAGGACGUCAUAUUGAGGAAACGAAACUUAACAUUCGAAACCAAAGCAACCCACGUCGAAGCUGUUCUCCCGUUCAGGAGAAAAAUAAAACGCAUUUCGGAACAAAAAGAAUGGCCUGUGCUACCACUUCCUGGUCUGAAGAGCAGCCUUGUGUUGAACCAGCAGAAGUUCCCUGUGACAUCUGUACUGGGACCCAGCAGAAGGCUGUGAAGUCCUGCCUAAUGUGUUCUGCCUCUUUCUGCCAAACCCACCUGGAGCCACAUCUGAGAGUCGCUGGGCUGAAGAAACAUCGGCUGGUCGAGCCUAUGGACCGUCUGGAAGACAGGAUGUGUAAGAAACACGAACGACUUCUGGAGCUCUUCUGCCGGACUGAACAGGUGUGUGUGUGUCUGUUGUGCACAGUGACGGACCACAAGUCCCAUCCUGUUGUACCUCUAAAGAAGGAAUAUGAAGUGAAGAAAGCCCGGCUGGGGAAGAGAGGGGCUGAAGUUCCACAGAAGAUCCAGGAGAGAAAACAAAAGAUUAAAGUGAUCAAAGACACAGUGAAACUGAGCAACAAAGACGCCGACAGAGAGAUAGCCCAUGGUGGGCAGGUAUUCACUGCUCUGAUAGGCUGUGUUGAAAAGGGCCGGGAUGAUUUCAACCAAACAGUGAAAGAGAAUCUGAAAUCCACAGUGAAACGAUCUGAGGACCUCAUCAAAGAGCUGGAGCAGGAAAUAAAAGAUCUAACCAAUAGAAGCUCAAAGGUGAAGCGGCUCUCACACACUGAAGACCACCUCCACUUCCUCCAGGCCUUCAGAUCCCUGAAGGAUCCUCCACCCACCAGGGACUGGACCACGGUGGAGGUCCGUCCUCCGUCAUACGUAGGGACCUUGAGGAGAUCCCUGGAUCAGCUGGAGGAGACACUGAACAUGGAGAUGAAGAAGUGUGAUGCUGAACUGAAGAGGGUCCAGAAGUAUGAAGUAGAUGUGACUCUGGAUCCUGAUACAGCUCAUUCCCAGCUCAUCCUGUCUGAGGAUGGGAAACAAGUACAUGAUGGAGGUGUGAGGAAGAAAGUCCCACGCAACCCUAAGAGAUUUACAUGGGAUACAUGUGUUCUCACGAGGCAGAGCUUCUCCUCAGGGAGAUUUUACUUUGAGGUCCAGGUUAAAGACAACACUGACUGGUGGUUAGGAGUGGCCAGAGAGUCCAUCGACAGAAAAGGUGGGACCUGGGGGACCCCUGAGACGGGUAACUGGACUCUUUGGUACAGCAUGGCUGGGUUGGUAUUUAGAGAUAACCCUUCUGUCCGUCUCCCUCUGAGAGCUGAGCUCCAGAAGGUGGGGGUGUUUGUUGAUUAUGAUGAGGGUCUGGUCUCCUUCUAUGAUGUGGAAGCCAGGGUUCAUAUCUACUCUGCUACUGGCUGCACCUUCACUGAGCCUCUCUAUCCAUUCCUCUAUGUUGGUAAUAUAAACUCUGCCCCCCUGAUCAUCUCACCUGUCAAUCAAACAGACUAGGACCUUUGUUUGAUAAUAAAAUAAUCAAACGACCAAAACAACUAAUGUUGUUUCCUGAAUUAGAAUAGAAUUAGAAUCUCUACUAUGUGAGAUCUGAGAGAUCUGCAUUAAUGUCGUACUGCUGUCAUUUAACGAGGAGAAUAUUUGUAAGAAUUAACCCUGCAGUUGUGUAAUAUAACACUUUAUAAAGGGUUAUAUUACACUCCAUUUAUGUGUGUGUUUUCCUUCUAUUUAUUUUACCCGUUUAAAGAUAUAAAAUUGGUUGCAGUUAUGUAGAACAUGUUUAGAGGAUUAACAUGUAUAUAUAAUAAAAAAAAAUAUCAGUUCUAUUGUUUUUUUAUUUUCUGAUCAUGUAAUGACCAAACAAUUCAAUGUUCUUGCACAUUUUUUUUUUUGGAUUUUAAUAAAAAGAAAAAGCAAAUAUUGUUAUGUGUAGGGGCAUACAUUAUAAUUGUAAUGGAUCAUUUCAGGGAAAUAGAUACAUUCCAGUCAAAUAGUGCUCAGUAUAAAUACUGUUUCUGUAAUAAAAAGUGUGAUACAAAAAAUAAAAUUGUUUAUUUCUAAACCCUUAA